AUGCAAGACGUGUUGUGUGUACCAUCCGCUUACAGGUUCAGCCAUGUAGUCAAAGCUGCCUUUUCUGCCGUCGCGGCAGUGAUGGAGGGUAGCGGGGUGCCUGCAGACCGGCUGAAAGAUCUUACAGCGAAAGCAAGCUCGCUGCAGAAUGAGAUUCAACGCCAGAAGAGUCUGGCACCCCCGGGCUUGGUGGAGCAGAACAGCGCUCUGCUUCGACAGGAGCAGCGGCGCUGGCAAGAUGCACUCUGCCUCUGCCAGGAUUCUCAGAGCCAGGAGAAGCAAGCUGAGCAAGCCAAGCAAGCGAAGCAGGCAGUCUUGCAGGAGUUUCAAGUCUGCAAUCGACUGCACAAAGUCAUGACAGAGGUGACGAACCUCAUCAACCAACAUGCAGAAGGUGAAGCCCGGUUAAUUCGAGCGGAGCUUGCCCAGUUGCAAGGCAGAGACGGAGGAGGUCUCAACCAGUUUCAGCAGGAAUUCCUGGACCUUCAAGAGACCAAGCAAAAGCUGCUCGAUGGGGGCGGUGAACCUUCACAGAGCAAAGAAGUGCAGGAGCCCCAGGAGCCCCGGGAGCCCCAGGAGCCUCAGAACUCAGAGGAGAAGGGCGUGGGAGACAUGGGAGCCCAAGGAGGCAAAGGCGGCAAAGGCAAGGGAGGCAAGGGAGGCAAGGGAGGCAAGGGCAAAGCUGGAAAGGGCCCACCACUGCCGAGCGCUGUCAUGCCCAAGCCGAAGCCGAAGGCCAAGUCCGAUGCCGAAUGCCGAAAGAGAAGCAAUUUAGUCACGUUGUACUGGAGACCCUUACCCACCAAUGUUGACAAGAUGAGUUCCAGUAGCAGUGCGCUGCUGAAGCAAUGCGCGGAGAUGCUUUCAGCAGCGUCGGGCACAGCGGAGACGACCUAUCCUCAUCAAGAAAAAGAGCUCGGAGAAGUCUAUCGGCAGCCUGAAUCUCUGGAAAAUCUGGAGAGUGAUGAUCUUCCAGAUGCGAUGAUCGAGGCAGAUCCCACCUGUUCUCCCAGAUGUCGCCGUAUAUCUGCUCUCACACACUGA